CAGCUACCUGUGCAGGCGCACACCUUUGGCUAUAAAAGGUGCACGCCGUGAGGCAGAGAGCAGCAUUCGCUAGAAUAUUGUUGCAAUCUAAACAACACGACCAGAGCAAAAAAAGCGAGAGUAAUAGUUCUAAAUUUUAAUAAGAAAUUUAUUUACCAAACGAACGUGAGAAACAACAACUACGGAAAUGGCUACGCAACAAAACGCCAGUUUCUUCUCAAUACCCGUUUUCCAUUCGUCAUCUGAGUUUCGCGUAAACACAGCAUACUUCUCCAAGGAGGAUCUAUCGCUCUUCGUCGAGAACUUGGAGACCAUAGAAAAUCUGAAACGCAAAGAGCGCCAACGCUUCGAGGAGCAAAUACGUGAGACGCGCACAAUACUGGAGAACGCACUGCAAAUCGCCACACAGCCAAGCAAUGUGGGCUGCAUGCCAAGUCCCACAUCAUCAGUGAAUGAAGAAUUGCGUUCUUUAUGCAUUGCGAGAGAAACGCCGCGAUGUAACCGCAAACUGCAACCAGAAUCGCCAAUCGAACGCCAAGAACUGCAGCCAAAACGUCCAAUCUCAAUGCGCCGAUCCUCGGACGAGGAAGAGACUUACUUCAGCGAUGCCAAUGCAAGCCCGGAUCGCACACCAGUUAGUACGGCGAAAAAACCACGCUUACUGUUUGCCCCAUCACCGAGAGCACUAAAAGAUAACAAUUCCGGUUCGGAUUCUGAAGAGUCUGGCAUAUAUCCACUAGCUGACACGCCACAACAAAAACCAUUCCGUUCACGCACGAACGCAUUGGCCGAGAAGCCGAAAAUAUCGACCGGCUCACGCAUACUUGCUUUACUGCUGCGGCGCGAGAUCUUAAAGAAUCAACAAAAAGAUCAACCUGAGGAAAUAGUACGCAUCAAAAAAGCUGCCUCCAAUCUCAAUGUCAGCAAGGAGCAUGAAGAGCACGAUUUCCACGAGUUCAUCAAGCAGAAAUACAAGCGUUUCGCCUUACGUUAUAUACGCAAAAUGAAGAAGCACGUCGUGGUCGAGGAAGAACCGGAAAAGCCCAGCGACUUGGAGAUGUUGGACAAAGCGCUGCGCUACAUGACAUUGUAAGACAAACUAGACAUACACGUAUGCAGUAGCAAACGUGUACAUACGAAAGAUUCCACGGCAAUCUCCAAGACAUGACGCACUUUUCGUAUGAUAAAGAAGACUAAUGGACAAAUGGACGAAAAGAGCAAAACGGACAAGGACAACAAGGCGAAAUUAUUAUUAGAAACAAUGAUGGUUAUGGAAAUUAUAUUUAUUACU